AAUACUCCAGAUUUAGUUGAUAUUGUAUCAUUUAUAAGCAAUAAGCCAAUAAGAACAUACAUAUAUUCACAUUGCUAGAAUGGUGGCGGAGACAACCUUAUAUGACAUGCUUGCCAUAUCUCCUUCAGCAACGUCGGAGGAGAUAACUCGGUCAUAUAGAAAGAUUGCUUUAAAGUGCCAUCCUGAUAAGACCAAUCAUGAUCCAAGACUCACAGAACAAUUUAAAAACGUCACCCGGGCCUACGAGAUCCUCAAGGAUGUUUCAUCCAGAAACGUGUACGAUAAGUAUGGAGAAGCAGGUUUGGAUGGUAGGACCAAUUCCCAUUCGCGUCCUGGUUCCACUGCUAGACCCACUAGUUUUACCCAUAGAAGCGCCACCGAUGUGUUUUCCCAGGUGUUCAAUGACUUCAACAGUAUGUUCAACAACCCGUCUGUCAACGCCGCUCCGUUUGGAGAUUUCUCGUUUGGAAAUCGUAUGGGGUUUGACAUGGGCAUGAACAUCAACAUGAAUAUGGGAGGAUUUGGAGGGGCACCCACCACCAAAGGCAUGACGAAAACAGUGCACCCGGCACCAUCCCAGCCACCUGACAAUAGACUAUUUAGAGGUCAAGAUAUUUAUCACACUUGCAAAUCAACUUUGGAUGAUUUAGCAUAUGGUAAGACUGUCAAAUUGCAGUUACCAAGAAGAGCAAAGUGUGAAACAUGCCACGGUGAAGGAGGUUUCAACAAGAGUAGCUGCUCUGUAUGUCAAGGAAGUGGAAGAGUGGUGACCAUAUUGGCAAAUCAGUUUACAAAAUACCAAACGGUAGGACUGUGUACUGUCUGUAAUGGGGAAGGAACUAUUGUAUCCAGGGUUUGUACUGCUUGUACUGAUGGGUUCAAAGUAGUGAACAAACUUAUUCAGCUUCGAGUACCUCCUGGAACUAAAGAUGGAAAUAAGAUUGUGUUAAAGGGGGCUGCCGACGAGGGCAAGAAUAUGAUUCCAGGAGACGUGAUCAUCACCAUAAAAGAAGCAAGGCAUCCUUACUUGGUAAGGAGGUCAAACGAUCUUUAUAUGGAACAUGAAAUUGACUUGAAGACUGCAUUAUUGGGAGGUUUUAUUAUUAUCCAUGACUAUUUGAGUAAGGGAAAUGACUUGAGGAUAUUCAUCAAUGUUCAUGGAAACCAGCAAAUUAAUAACAACAUAAAUGAGGCUAUACAACAAGGAGAGAUUAUUGGAACCAUAAACCCUAAUAUUCCGAGAAUUGUCAAGGGGUUAGGAAUGCCUAUCAAUAAUGAAACAAUCGAUGGUAAAUUCUUCCAGACGGAUGUUUCCAAAACCUCCAGUAUUGAUAUGUUCCAUAGGGGUGAUUUGUUUAUCAAGUUCAAUAUCAAAAUCCCACAGAUCGAAAGCUUCAGCCCUGAACACUUGCUUGCCUUGGCCAAUAUCUUACCUCUGGGGUCUUCCGAUACCUCAAACUUUGGUGAGCUUACAGAUGUGCACUUGAGUAACAUUCCAGAUUAUGUCGAACCUCAAUCCUACAAUUCGUCACCCCCAAAACAAGGAAGUAUCAGUUCUUCCGAUGAACUACGGUCGGCCGGACUGUCAGAAGAACCAGAACAAAAGAAGCGCAGAGAAGGUGCUUGAUUGAAAUUGCACGGGACCCGUAGACCUACAAGUCCCUCUUGAUGACCACCACUGUUUACGGAUUCGAAGAUCAUUCAACUGGUGUCUAAAAAAAUAACGAACUGUUUAAAUAUUGUAUAACAUUGUAUUACUACAUUAACGAA